AUGACAGCAGCUCACCCGAUCGCAUAUCCUAUGAUGGACGUCCCUUCUAUGGAUGACUCUAUGGAGAUGGCCUCACCCUAUCAAGGGCAGGCUGAUGAUUUUGAUAUCGACAUUGAUCUCAUGGAAGACAGUGUUUCCAACAUGGACAGUGAAAUGAUGGGCGCAGACGAAUUUACCAACACUUCUCAGCCUAUUGAACCCAACAACGACGCAAUCUACGAUGCCGACAUGGCUGACGAGCCCUCCGAAGGAUCCAUGAUCGACGCUGACAACUACGUCGACGAGGACAACGACAUCGACGUGCAACUCGAGGAAGAGACAUACCAAGAAGAAAUGAUCGAAAGCGAUUCCAUCGAAGAGAUUAACCAAGCCGUCCCCGCCACUCAUGUCGAACCUACGCGCAACAAUGAAGGCGCUGCUAGUCCUAUCAGGGCAGAUCCCACUAUUGCGACCGCAGAAUUGCCUGAGGCAGCCCCUCAGGACCCCAAUGACUUUGUAGAAAUAUCUCCUAUUCAAGAUGAAUCUCAGGCCUCCAAUGUUGAGAUUUCUCGCAACCUGGCUGAGUCCAGUACAGUUGAAGACGACCUUGCCGAGGAACCAUCCGAAAUCACCAGCGAUACCAAAACCGGCGUUCACCACGAGAAGCCAGAGCUUGGCAAAGAGGCUAACGAGAUGCCACAACCUUCUGUGUCAGAGACUGAGGCAAAAGAUAUUUCCGACAAGGGCCUGGAGACUAGUCAAGUCGAAACCCCCACCCAAGAAUCUAAGGUUGAUGCUACUGGGCAUCCGGAAGCUCCGCUUGUGUCUGAAGGAAACCACCAGGUUGCGACUCAUGAUGACUCAGUUCACCAGAUCCCAUACAUGGAUCAACGGUUACACCCAGUUAAAAUCCUCUAUCAGAACUGCGAGAUCGCCCUUUUCCCUCCCCUUGAGGGAGAUUCGGCAGAGACCUACUUUCUUCAGGAUGAGGAUGUAGCUUAUGACAACAUUGGUCAAUUGUUCAAGCAUCUCCGCCAGGUGCUCGAGGAAACUCUUGGCAAUGACGUUCUGGUCAUUGAUAUCGACACCCUGGGAAUCCAAAUGACAGAGGACUCAUCUCACACAUCAAGAGUUACCUUGUACCAGAUUCUAGAUCUUUAUCUUAGACUUUGCCGUAACGAUGGGACUAACGAACCCGAUGCUCUUUACCUUACACUAAGCAGCAGACGUGCGUUUUCAGACGAGAUCUUGGAUCUUAGCGCCGCUGCAAUUGCAGGCAAGACGCUUUCCGAACUGCAGGCCGAAAUCCACUCUUGGAAUGAAUACGAUGAGCCCGAGCCAGGUUCCGAGGAUUUUGAAGCUCACUGUGCCGAAGAACACGAAGACGAGGUCUACUAUGCCAACGAAGCCCAAAAAGACCAUGCAACCACUGAGGUGCAAACGACCCCAGGGCCUACAGCGGAUGUGUCACCUAGCAGUGUUUCCCAAGUCCAGCCCCAGGACGUUUCUGAUACUCAAACAAAGAUCGCCCAUGCGCCGGAUGAGGAUGCAUCCGUGUCUAGUGAGAGGGCUACGGAGGCGAUGCCCGAGUCUGAACUGGCACAUCCUGCAACGCAAGCCGAGAUCAAAGAACCAGGUCAACCUGAGGAGUCAGAGCACCUUGAGAUAGAACAAGCUCAUCAAUACGACUAUGUUCAUGGCGAUACGACUGAAGAUCACUAUGAUUCCGAAGGCCCGCAAGGCCCGCAUAGUGAAUCGACUGCCACUAUAUCUGGAUUUAUUGUUGAAAAUGAAACCAAAGAGAAUACACAAGAUGUCUCUCCGGAUGCUGCCCACGCCGGCCCAUCCGGUGCGGAUCAGACUGACCAUGAGAACUUUUACGAAGAAGAACCCGAGAACGAUGAUCUGGGGCCCGAAGAAUACUAUGAAGAUGAAAACCCCGACUCGCUCGAUGACCCAGAGGCUUCUCAUAAUGAUAUCACUGGUGUUGAAGAUGAUAACGUCGAAACCCAAGAAUCUGCUGAUCAGGCACAUGUCCUUGAUGAAGAGGACGAAGAUGAGUUAGAUGCCCCGCCGACGAAUGAGAUUGUCUCGGCAACUUCCUUGCAGCAUGAAACCACCGACCACCCCCAUGACCAGACAGGUCCACUGUCAGAUAGUGGAUUGCAAGCCGACUCUGACAAGAAGGACCGAACCCCAGAGCCUGCAGAUGAUUUGCUCGAAAUUGCCGAGGAUUUACUGCAAACUCCUCCAAGAGACACCGAGCCCGAUGACUUGGAUCACUUCAAAGACAUAGAUUACGAGGAAUCCGAGGAUGAACUCGCUGCCCCUGUCGCAGGUGACGACGAAGGUGUCCACGAUCACGAGUUUGACGAAAACCAUUUUGGUGAUUAUGACACUCAUUUUGAAGAGCCGGAGGCUGCAGAGCUGGUCGAAGUAGACCAUUCCUUGACAGACUCACCAAACCAAAACUCGUCUACCAAACGGUCUCGUGAAGAUGACGAGCACUCAGACGUUGUGCCAACCACCACUGACACCAAACGUCGUCGCUCUUCGUAA